CCGAUUCGCGCCGCCUCGCCGCCCGGUUACCCCAGGAUCAUCCACGACCUAUCAAAUCAAUUACCCCAGACUUACCGCCCGCUAUCUGCACCCGCGACACCUGAACCUCCUUCGGAUCUCUACCCUGCUUCUCUGACUUACAAAAUCGAGCUUGUCAACCAUGACGACCCCGUCUUGGAAGACCGCAUGCUGAAGGCCGCGUACGACCAGGUUCUCCCCGGCACUUCGCGACGACGCGUUCACACUCCCACCGCGGUCCUCUACAUCAGCCACAAGAUCUUCUUACUCAUUGCGCAAACUACCCGGCUCGCCAUGGACGCUCACGAUCGGGAGGAAGCUGGCAGUACGACUCGUUCGUUCUUUACCGACCUUCCCGGCAUCUACUACCCCGCCGACGGAUUCGCCGUGCCCGAAGGACAGCCGCCGGACAGCGACAUGCGUCUCAAGCUCCCCGUACGCGCUGCUUCUCCGCCAGGCUUCACGCGCUCGAUUCACGACUUGUACGAAGAAGCCCCGCACAUGUAUCGACCGCUCUCCGCUCCCGCCACGCCCGAUCCGCCGACUCUGGAAUAUCCCGAGUCUUGCACGUACGUUAUCGAUCUUAUCUCGAAUUUCGACCCUCGACUCGGCGGCGCCAAGAUGAAGGCCAGCCAUUACCCCCUUGCCGGCUCGGACUUCUCCCCUCGCUCGACGGACGACUUCACUCCGCGGAUGUUCGUCGCCCGCUCGCUGUUCGCUCAGCUCGCCUACGCCGCACAUCACGCAGUCGAAGAACGGGCGCGCACAAAGGACUACGACGAUACACUAGACCUACAUGAUGUCGAAAUGGAGGAGCCUAGUCUCCAAGGACCGCCCCGCGUCAACGCUCUCGUACUCCCGUCGCCGCCUCCGCUCGCCCUAAGCGGACCGCCCUCUAUCUUCCAGCUCCCGAACGGUCUCGACCCCUCGGUUAGCCAGGACAUCGCCCGACACCUCGAACGGCUGCGACUCGCCGAAGGACACUCGGUGAAUGACCGCCCGCCAACGCCGCACCCCCAGGCUCUGCAAGGCGCCAUCGCACAUCGUCUCGCACAGUUCCCGCCGGGUCACGCUCUCCUCACAGGACCCGGCAUGCCGUUCUAUCGGUGCGACGGCUACAUCGUCCCGAUCGGCGAACCGCCCGCCAGCAGCCAGCGUAUCAAGGUCCCCAUGCGACUGAGGACGCCGGAGGGGUACCGCAACACUAUCCACGCCCUCUCGCGUAUGGACCCGACGUUAUUCCGCCCUCUCUCAGCGCCAUCAACACCCGAGCCACCUACGGACGACUACCCUAACUCCCGACUCUACAACCUCAUCCUUAGUGCCCCCGAAGACCCGAACGAACACCCUUUCCCCUUCUCGGUCGAGUUCUCACCCCCGCCUUCGCCGAAGCCUCACGCCGCCAGCCGCGUCAUUCAAGAGACGGAUCCGUUCCUCUGGAUGGACGAAGCCCUCUUCGAUUACUUAGAUAUGACCUUCCCGCUCCCCCGACACUGGACUAGGCGACUUAACUCGCCCGAUGUUUGCUCGCCUGGACCGGACGAAGGCGACUCCUCCGCACUCCCGAACGUCGACGAGGAAAUGCUCCUCGCCGAGUACGACCGGCUCCGCAUCAACGAUCCCGAUCCAGUCAACCACCUCUCAGACGAUCGCCGCAAAGCUACGCCAACAGACGCCGAGUAUGUCAUCUCUUCCUGGAUUCCUACCGACAUCGCUUACCCCGACUCGUGCAAAAAACUAAGCGACUCCGAUCUCUCCUACUCCGACAGUUCGUCCUCUUCCAGCUCGAUCUCCUUCGCGGCCCCUCGCCGAUCUCUCGCCAACAUUCUUCGAUCAGUCAACAACCGGAUGGCUCAUCUCGGAGAAGCCAUGCAGUUCACCGUCGCCGCCGUCGCUACGCUACUAUCCAGCCACGCCGCCUUCUAUCGCGCCGCCCAGAACAACCAUUUCGACCUCGAAACGAACCUCACCUCGAUCUACGACACCGUCGAAACCGCCGCCCGUACCAUCCGCGAAACCGAUACGGAUCAUCAAAUGUCGAUGGACCGAAUCGCCCGCGACCUCCUCGACCUCCAGCUCGACAUCGGCGCGAUCCGAACGAACGUCGAGGCCUGGAACUGGACACCCGAAGAUGCCGACGAGGCAGACGGCAAGGAACUUAGCCCGCUCUCGCCCAGCCCCGACACCUCUUCCGACAUGGAACUAUCCGCCGCCGACUUCAACGACGUCCAGCCGUGA